AUGAUGAUGAGCUCUGUAACAGGAAUCGGAAACUGGAAAUACUCAGUCCUCUACCUAUCCCUAAUCAUCUCUGUGAUCUACUCAAUCGAAAUCCUAAUCUCGCACAAGCUACACAUCAACCACACCAAUAUCCAUCUCAAAAGGUCUCCGGAUCUCCCUCUACGCUUCCGCGACGAUGGAACCUUCAAAAUCCUCCAGGUCGCGGAUAUGCAUUACGGGAUGGGGAGUAUCACUCGAUGCAGAGAUGUGGCGGAUGCAGAGUAUGAUUACUGUUCCGAUCUCAACACCACGAGGUUCCUUCGGAGGAUGAUUGAAGCUGAGAGACCCGAUUUGAUCGCAUUUACUGGUGAUAAUAUAUUUGGAUCAAGCACUACUGAUGCAGCUGAAUCUCUUCUUCAAGCCAUCGGUCCAGCCAUUGAGUAUGGAAUCCCAUGGGCUGCCAUUUUAGGAAACCAUGACCAUGAAUCCACUUUGAACCGUCAAGAGCUCAUGACUUUCCUCUCCCUUAUGGAUUUUUCUGUCUCUCAGAUCAAUCCACAAGAUCAAGGCGCAUUGAGAUUGAUCGAUGGCUUUGGGAAUUACCGUCUCAGAGUACACGGUGCACCUGGUUCGGUGCUGUCAAAUAGCACUGUCUUUGACCUCUUCUUUCUUGACAGUGGAGACAGAGAAACAGUUCAAGGUAGACGAACAUAUGGAUGGAUCAAGGAAUCUCAACUUCUUUGGCUUCAAGAUACUUCCAAACAGGGUGAUAACCAAAGCAUUUCUGGAAGUCCCAAUCCAGCGCUAACCUUCUUCCACAUCCCAAUCCCGGAAGUCCGUGACCUGUGGUACACACCCUAUAUUGGCCAGUAUCAGGAGGCUGUGGCAUGCUCUACAGUUCAAUCAAGAGUCUUACGGACCUUUGUGUCCAUGGGAAAUGUAAAAGCCGCGUUCAUAGGACACGACCAUGUCAAUGAUUUCUGUGGAAAUCUAAAAGGAGUGUGGUUCUGUUACGGUGGCGGAUUUGGAUACCAUGCUUAUGGAAGAUGGAAUUGGCACAGAAGAGCAAGAGUGAUUGAGGCUAAGCUCGGGAAAGGAAGAGAUACAUGGACAGGAGUUGAACGUAUCAAGACGUGGAAACGUCUAGACGAUGAAAACUUGAGCAAGAUAGAUGAACAAGUACUUUGGGAAGCUUCCUACACUUUUCUGAAGUGA